AAUAACGUGGAACCACAUGAAUGGGUUUCAUAUCCCCAGAAGCACACUCCCUUUGCCAAGUGUCUCCAUGGAAUCCCCGCAAAGGAACAUUGAAACCCCACCGCCCCUUGAAUCAAUGUAUGCAUUCCAAAACCAUCUGAAAAAUCAUGAUCCAAAUUUUGUGAGCUUGAACGGAAAGAAAGGCCAAUGGCUUCCUUAGCAACCGUUUCUGCCAUCAAUUCUACCGCCGUCAAUGGCCUCGCCGGAAGCUCCAUUACCGGAACCAAGCUCCUCGUUAAACGAUCGCGCCUCAAUCUCAAACCCUCCAAAUCCAGGGCUGGUGCUGUUGUGGCUAAGUAUGGAGACAAGAAUGUGUACUUUGACUUGAAGGAUUUGGGCAACACCACUGGCAAAUGGGACUUGUAUGGAUCGGAUUCACCUUCACCAUACAAUCCUCUUCAGAGCAAAUUUUUCGAAACAUUUGCAGCUCCUUUUACCAAGAGAGGUCUGUUGCUGAAAUUCUUGAUUCUAGGAGGUGUUUCCACCCUGGCUUAUCUUGGUGCUAAUGCAGAUGGUAAUAUUCUUCCAAUUCAGAAGGGUCCCCAACUUCCUCCCAAGGUCGGACCCCGUGGGAAGAUCUAACUAUAUAUUUGGUUGUUAUAUUUGAUGUAUCGCUCUGCAGCUUGUAAGUAUAACUGAAGCAUAUUUAAGAUCUCUAUUUUAAGAACUAUUCCGUUUGAAAUUUCAAAAAUGGAUUUCUUACUUGUUUUCGUUUAACUAAUGUUUUCAUGCACUCAUUCAGUUGGUUGGGAUU